GCUAUCAAGGUCCCAGGGAACGAACACUCCAACCAGAGAGGGGAGAUCGUGGCCGUUCUAGUAGCCCUCCAGACAACGGCGCCUUUCGAACACAUCCUGUUCAAAACAGACUCAAUGUACGUGAUAGAGGGCUUAACAAGACACCUAGCGAAAUGGGAGGACAUAGGCUGGAUAGAGAUAAAGAAUGCUGACCUAUUCAAGGCAACGGCCUUCCACCUGAGGAGACGGUCCGCGCCAACAGACUUCCUAUGGGUCAAAGGACACUCAGGCGAGGAAGGGAAUGAAAUGGCAGACGCACUAGCCCGGGAAGGAGUAAUGAAACAGAUUGCGGAUGAUAUCGAUCUCGGAGUGCCGGCGGAAUUUGACCUCCGUGGAGCACGCCUAGCGUCCAUGUCGCAGUCCCUCCUAUACCGGGGGAUAAUGAACAGACAAGGUCCAACAGGUGUACGGAGAGCAGCCCUAGCUCCACUUGACAUGGCAAGACACGCAAUAGCAGACCUAAACGGAUCCAUGCUCAGCGACGAAGCGCUAUGGAUGUCGACACGACGCAAAGACCUACGGACACCCAUUAGGCAAUUUCUGUUUCGCGCCCUGCAUAACUCCCACCGCAUAGGAGGGUUCUGGAGGAAUAUCCCAGGGUAUGCUGAACGUGAGAAAUGUGCAUACUGCGGCGAGGAGGAAUCGAUGGAGCACAUCAUGAUUGAAUGCGAACGGAGUAGAUGUAUGAUAAUAUGGGACCUAGUGAAGGAUGCAUGGCCCGAAGGAAGGGGCCCACUCCCACGGAUAACUUUAGGCCUAAUACUGGGAUGUGGCGCACUACAGAUCAACGUUGAGGACCAACAGUCAAAACGUGAGCGGCCAGCGCAGGGCCGAUCGCGGCUAUUGCGGAUCCUAAUAUCGGAAUCGGCGUACCUAGUGUGGGUACUAAGAUGUGAACACACGAUGGGAGGAAGAUCUCACACCCCCCAAGAAGUACAGCGACGCUGGGCCAAUGCCAUCCAAAGACGGCUGGAAGCAGACCAGGCCACGGCAUCGAAGAUAAUCCGGACACCAUCUUACUCAAGGAAGGUGCAGGGAACUUGGACGGGACUGCUCGCUGAAGAGCAAGCACUCCCAGAACAUUGGGCUAAAAGCCUGGAGGUUUUA